GUUUACGUGUAGCAAUGUCACCCACUGAAAUCCGAGCUAAACACAGAACGCCAUUGAUCAAUCCUUAAUGUGUGGUCAUUCUCCAUUGUUGUUAUACCAUUAAUACCCACCUCGAGCUAUUCUUCAAAAUUUCCAACUGAAAAUGGCAGUUUUCAGUCUGUUUAAGCUAUCGAUGCUACUGAGCCUACUCUCCGACGUCAAGUUGGGGUCAUGGCCGGGAAUUUUGACACAGAAGGAAGCCGUCGCAGUCGGUGGAUUCCCGCAGCAGUGCAACCGUAUUGAGUGUCCAACAUACGAUGUAAUCAACUCCGGAGAAGGCUACGAGAUUCGCGUUUAUAAUUCCAGUAUGUGGGCGACUACUUCUCCCAUCGAUGACAUCUCCUUUGUCGAUGGCACUCGCACCGGUUUCCUACAGUUAUUCAACUACAUCCAAGGGAAAAACAACUACAAUGAGCAGAUAGAAAUGACAGCUCCGGUUCUAACAGAGAUUGCUCCGAGUGACGGACCCUUCUGCGAAUCUUCAUUUCUGGUGAGUUUUUAUGUCCCGAAGAAGAACCAAGUCGAUCCACCUCCGGCUACCGGAAUUUCGAUCCAGAAAUGGGGACCGACUUAUGUAGCCGUACGCCAAUUCGGUGGAUUUAUAAAGGACUCAGACGUCGGUGUUGAAGCUGCGGCCUUGUCCGCCAGUCUCUCUGGCACUACUUGGUUGGAUGCCAUCAAGAAAAGCCACUCCCGUGACAUCACGACAGUUUACACGGUUGCUCAAUACAAUUCUCCAUUCGAAUUUGACAACAGAGUAAAUGAGAUUUGGUUCAAGUUUGAUAUGUAAUCCAGUCGAAGGGAAGGGAAACAGAUGACGAGCAAUUUGUAAUUUUUGUCAUGAACAAGCCAUAGAUAUAGAUAUGCUUUUGAUCCCAAUAAACACUCGAUAGUGUAUAAGUAAUCAAUAAUCUUCCGUUCGAGAACAUUUACAUGUUUUAACGAUUAAAUGUGUUUAACUUUGAAAAAGGGAAAUGGUUUAGAGGGGUAAUUAUGUUUUGAAAUUAUUCAAAAAAAAAUAUCAUCGAAGUAAGACAUUGGUAC